GAAAGUGGGCGUCGAAGGCGGCUGCCGGCGGACCGCUGGCAAUAUAAAGACUCCAAAUAAUUGCCGCUGCCAGAUCGAGCUAAUUGCGGCAAAUGCGCCCCGGCAAUUGCUUCGCUGGCUCUGCUCUGCACUAAAUCUGCAGCGAAGCUUUGCUGCAGUGGCAACUGCGGCAGGCGGCUGCUAUCAUGCAUAUUACGCUCUAAAUAGCCAACAGCGAGGCAUCGGCAACAAAAGCAAAACUGGAUGCAACGGCUGCCUGGCUAAUUGUGGCAAGGUGAAGUGUAUAAAUUUGGUGCACAAACUGGCGCACAAGAUCAGUUGGCCAAGAGAGUUUGCAGCAGCUACAGCCAGAGAGCGAGAGAGAGAGAGAGAAAGAGAGAGAACACAGCAAGGAUCAGGCAAACAUAUGGACAGAAUGGACUCGCGCCUGUGCCUGCUCAUGGCCCUGCUGCUGGCACAUCGAAGCAUCAGCUGGGCGCUGGCACAGAACAGCAGCCACUCGGGGGACAGCGGACUCCUGCGCACCGUGCGCCACGUGUACGGACAGUGUGCGGACAGUGAGGAUAUUUUUUGGUGCUGCAAGGUGCAGGGCGCCCGACUGCUGGGCCGCGCACUCAAGGUGCAGCAGCUCAGCAUUGUGGAUGGCGUUAGUCUGGUGAGGCGCGAGAGUGUUGCAGGCACUCAGGACACGCGCACGGCACGCGCCAGCAUUGCGGAGAGUCAGCUGAACAAUCGGGACCUGGAGCAGAUGUCCGGCAAGAGCUUGGACGCGCUGCUGCUAGAGCGUUUCCUGGGCUUUGUGCACAGCCACCAGCUGCAGGUGAAUCUGCCGCGACUGCUGCACUUUGGGGAGCGCAACAGCCAGGACUGGCUGCAGUCGCUCUUCGGGUACUUUCUGUCCGGCAAGGAGGCGGACAGCAACGGCCAGAGCCCGGGCGAGAGCGAGAGCGAGGGACGCCACAAGAAGAAGGAUGACAAGAAGUAUCUGGGACCGUUCAUUGCCGCCGUGCUGCUGAAGACGGCCAUACUGAAGAUGGCCUACCACUCGAUCGCCAUUGUGGCUGGCAAGGCGCUGAUUGUGGGCAAGAUUGCGCUCAUCAUCAGCGCCAUCAUUGGACUGAGGAAGCUCGUCGGGCAGGACGCUGGCGAGCGGACCACCUACGAGAUUGUGAAGCAUCCGCAGGUGCAACAGAGCCACACCUACUCCACCAGCCACCAAGGGGAGUACGACUCGGGCGGCCACGACUCUGGCGGCGGCUCCUACCAUCGCAGCAUCGAUGACGAGAUGAUGAUGCAGGACAAGGCCUACCAGGCAUGGAUGCCGCAGGCUGCUGGCUCUCCAGGUGCUGCUGCUGCCGCCAGCUCUACGAAGGUGUCGCGAUAGGAACCCCGAGGCCCGUACUCAACCAAAGAUCACACUUCCAAUCUGCAUGAGAACUAUUGUAUUUACAUUCGUUCGCCCGAGAGCCUCCUCCAGCUUAGGUUUAGUUUUUAUCGUAGUUACAUUUACCACAGAUCAAGGAU